CGUCGUGGGAGCAGACGCACGCCAAUUAGGAGGCGGCCGCCCCGGGCCGACGCGCCUCACCCCGGCUGGCUCGAGAUAACAAGAGUCACCCACUCAUAACUUGCUCGCUUCUACAUAUGCAACACAGUGCCAAACAUCAUCCAUCAGCUGCAACAGAGUGUGCUGCGAGAAGUGUCAAAUAUGCACGAGGGAGUGCGGAGGUCCUGCGUCCCAUAAACCUCUGGGGCAAUUAAUACAAUCGUUUCCAGGGCCGAGCUCCACAGAUUGCACGCAUCAAACCUCUCCCUGGGCUCGUUGCUUUUUUUUAUUUUAUUUUUUUAUUUUUUUAGAUGGGACUAAUUUACAGGUACGCUGGCCAGAGGCUUGCUUUUAUGGAUUGGAGCCGUCUGGAAACCGACGGCAGGCCAUACAUCGAGGACCGUCCGCGAUGAUUUAUGGCGCUCCGGGGGACAACGAGUCACGGUUCCAUCUGAGUAGGAGGUGGCAAAAAAAGACCAAAUGCCAUGGAUGUAUUUAAUUUCACCUCCUGGAAUGCCUCCGAAGGCAACGGCACAGAAGUUGUGGGAGAAAUUGAAAGCCCCUACAAGACUGUGGAGGUGGUGUUCAUCGUGUUGGUGGCCGGUUCCCUCAGUUUGGUUACAGUUAUUGGAAAUAUCCUGGUCAUGCUCUCCAUCAAAGUUAAUAGGAACUUACAGACUGUCAACAACUAUUUUUUAUUCAGCCUUGCAUGUGCUGACCUAAUUAUUGGACUGUGCUCUAUGAACUUGUACACCGUCUACAUAGUCAUGGGCUACUGGCCACUGGGCCCGGUGGUCUGUGACUUGUGGUUGGCUUUGGACUAUGUCGUCAGCAACGCGUCCGUCAUGAAUCUUCUCAUCAUAAGCUUUGAUAGAUAUUUCUGUGUCACCAAGCCCCUCAGCUACCCCGUCAAAAGGACCACCAAGAUGGCGGGAAUGAUGAUUGCGGCAGCCUGGGUUCUCUCUUUUGUCCUCUGGGCGCCGGCCAUUCUCUUCUGGCAGUUCAUUGUCGGUGGGCGGACGGUGCCCGAGAAGGAGUGCUACAUCCAGUUCUUCUCUAAUGCCGCGGUCACUUUCGGCACUGCCAUCGCCGCCUUUUACCUGCCUGUCAUCAUCAUGAUUCAGCUCUACUGGCAGAUCUCCAGAGCGAGCAAGAGUCGCGUGAAGAAGGAUAACCGCAAGCCGUCCGGAGCCAACGCAGAGCCCCUGUCACCCGGCCAGAAGAGGAACAGCACACCGAAGCCCAACAAUAACAACGUCCCGGGGCAAGACGCGGGGCGUCUGCAGAGCCAGAAUGCCGACGACGGGGCCAACCAGCACGAUGGAAAACUGCAAAACGGCAAAGGGCCUUCCUCGAUCACGGCGGAGGGAGAAACGGAGGGAGACGACGUGGCCAGGGAGAACUGCGCCCCAGCGGAGGAGAAGGAGAGCUCCAAUGAUUCAACAUCCGGCAGCGUGGCUGCGUCCAUUCAGAAGGAUGAGGAGGCCACGCCCUCUACCGCCAACGCCAGCAUCGAGGCCAGCCAGCCGCUCCCACGUCAGCGGGCCAAGGCCGGGGGCUCCAAGCUGACCUGCAUCAAGAUCAAGACUAAAUCGCCCAAGGGCGACUUCUACACGCCGUCCAACGCCACCGUCGAGAUCGUCCCGGCGUCCGAGCGGCAGAAUCACGUGGCCCGGAAGAUCGUGAAGAUGACGAAGCAGCCUCCCAACAAGAAGAAGAAAGUGCCGCCGUCGCGAGAGAAGAAAGUGACCCGCACCAUUAUGGCCAUCCUGAUAGCUUUUGUUGCCACCUGGACUCCUUAUAAUGUGAUGGUGCUGAUUAACACCUUCUGCUCCAGCUGCAUCCCCACCACAAUGUGGACUAUUGGAUACUGGCUGUGCUACAUCAACAGCACCAUCAACCCGGUCUGCUACGCUCUGUGCAAUGCCACUUUUAAAAAGACAUUCAAACAUCUUCUCCUCUGCCAAUAUAAAAAUAGUAGGUCAGCCAGAUAAAUUCGGGCCACUUAGGGGGAAGAGUUGCCUCUGUUUGUGUGUGUGUGUGUGUGUGUGUGUAUGUGUUUGUGUGUGUGAGUGUGUGAGCAAGACUGCAAGUGUUCAUGUGAAAUUACUUUCCAUAAUUUUAAUCCUUUUGUUUUCCGAUUUCUCUCUCAAUAACCGGUUGUCGCACUUUACACAGAUUCAACUGUUGCCAGUUGCUUUUGAGAAGUGUCGUGCAGAAGCAGCGUAGAUUACGAAGGUUGGGGGGGAAAGUGGAGCCGGAAGCUCAACAGCGGAGGGAGUAUAAAGUACUGACACUGAGCGGAUUAAAAAAAUAUAUAUCCAAAUUAAAAGAUAAAAGAGCGGAGGAAGAUCUGCGCUGUUGAAAACACAAGAGUUCAAAUGGGAAAAUAGGGCUGACUGAAUUUCCAAACUUAAAGCUGUUUUGAACUUCAGUGGAGAUACCUGUAGAUACCUGUACAUAUCAGUGUAUACUCUAUAUUUAUGUGUGUGCACAUGCGGAUGUGUGCUGAGCUCGCAGUAUGUGUGAACACUCAUCUGUGCCCCUCUGCCUGCCUUCGUCUGUGUGUGUGUGUGUGUGAUCCUCAUCAUGGCACUUCCAACCAGCGACAUGUAGAAUAAAGUGAGGUCGCUCGUGUAGAUUGCCUCUCACCUGGACGCUAUCUCAUCUACCAAUCAGCCCAUGAGGGAAUAAGUCUCCAUUAAUACAUAGUAGAUGUAUAAAAAUAUUAAAGCCAAACUAUUCAAACGAAUUACCUUUUUACUGAUGGUGUUUAAACGUGAGGGUGUGGCUGCCUUUAUUCGGCCAAGUAUGUCUCCAAAUGUCUGCUCACAUGCAUUUGAAUACAACAAAUAUUAAUGUAGUGAAUAUGGAUUAACUUAACUACUAUUCUGGAUCCUCCAAGAUAAUGAACCCGCAUUGGAUUUGAAGAAACACUUGGACAUUUUGGGAUAUAAAUCCAUUUAAAGUCUUGCAGAGAGAGUAAGAUGAGAAGAUUGAUACCACUCAUGUCUGUAGAUAUAAACCCUGCAUACAGUUAGCUUAGCUUAGCAUAAUUGCUGACAGCAGGUGGAAACGGCUCGCCUGGCUCUCCCCAAACCUUAAAAAAAAAAAAUCUAUCUGCCGGCACCUCUAAAGCUUUUAAAUACCGGGUUAUGUGCUGGACUAUUUUAACUUUUUUUGGCAGGGAGCAAACGUUGCCUGAAGUCUUGUCGUCACUGUGAGGAAAAUCACUGCACCCGGCCAAGAAAUAGUCCCUCGCUUAACCAUCCAGAAACCAGGAUUUGUCAUUUUCACUUUUUGUUUUUUUUCAACCAGCCAUGUAUCAUCGUAGAGAAUAACCAAACGCGAGAGUUAAAGGACUAAAUAGGAACGGGGCGGGAGAUUGUUCAGUCGCACUCAGUCCCGUCAGCUUUUACAAGGACGUCUGAUGUGUGUUUAGUGGUGGUUUAUAGGGACACCUGUGUUUGCUGUCCCCGCUAUAGGAAGCUUCCUACUCGGUGAGGGAAACAGGUGGCUGGAGCUCAGAGCUGUGGGAAGGCUGUUUGUGGAUGAGUGGGAGACAUUGUGUGAUUCUGCUGAUUGGUGGAAUGAUGUCACAGUGUAUACUGUACUUGAUGAUUUUGAAGGUGUGUGUGUGUGUGUGUGUAGGUAUGUGCUCUUAUGUGAGUAUACAUGCUGUGUUUGCUCCAAGAGUGGAGUUUACUUCUGAUCACGAGUUACUUCCUUGUGAUUUUGAAUAAGGGCUAUUUCCGCGUGUUAACUGUUCAUGUUUUUACGAACCCAUCUCCUUUUUUCUUUUCCUUUCGUGAAAUUUUGCGGGCGCGUUAAUUCUCGGGUGAUCAUUUCAUUUUCAGAGUAAUAAAUAGUCGUGUCUUAUUUUAUUUUGGAAAGAAAUGGGGGGGAAAUAUCUAUUUACUGUAAAACACGUUAUUCAUGCGCCUCAUCCAUCAUUUCAACCCAUUAGUCAAUUCUCAGUUGCAUUAAUUUGCCACAGUGGGGGUAGGGGGGCUGCACCGAGUAUAGCUCCCUAAGGCGGACUCCUUAAAAAGAGAUCUGGGACAGAUCCUAUAAUGAAAACUCACCAUGAGGCUGAUCAGAUUAUGGGACGAUGUGGAACACCUACAUUUGAGAUUAAAGAUUGCCCAUUACACGCUCAGCUUGAGCUUGCAUGCCCCACUUAGUGCUCCACUCGGUCCUGAUCCUCUUAUAGUCUCUACCUCCAUAUAUGAGGUCAUGAAUGGAAUGUAAAUAUCACAUAUUCAUUAGCUUGCUCUAUUAUUAAUUAUCUUAACCUUGGUUCUUGCUACUGCAUAUUUCUCUGGAAAGCUCCUCUUUGUGCAGAGCCAGUGAAGGAAGAACAUCCUUGCACAUGCAUUCAAAUUAAAAUUUAGCAUGAAGGUAACACACUGAUAGUUAUAUUUCUUUGCUUGUGACCUUCAAAAAAACUUGCAGUGUUAAAUUUCCAGGCAUCCAGCUCUGGAUGCAUCUCCAGCAUAUAGCCGAAACCCUUAGUUUACAUCCUCAGAUCAUACCUACAAGUAAAAAGUUAAGCAAAUUUCACUUUACCAAAUUUGACUGAUUUUACAUGUUAAAGUAAACGUACGAAUAACUCGUGUUUUUUUUCGUAUGAAUAAAAACGUAAAGGGCCAGUGUGCAGUAUUUAGGGUUUUUUAUUGGCAGAAAUGGAAUAUGAUAUGAAAAGUGUGUUUUCUUUAUAACCACCUGGCCUCUAAAUCCCACACAGCGGCCAUUUUUAACGAUCAACAACUCGACCAGCCUGUCUCAUCACGCCUGUGUGGAUAUGGUUCGAUCAGAUCUGAUUGUUGAUCGUGGUCGAGCAAACAAUACAACCCCAGUCAUCCGAUUUAAAUAUAUAUUUGAAAUUCUGACAGGCCCAGUGAACAAAAUGACAUCACACUAACAUGGGAGUAAACGUACUUUCCGGCCCUCUUUCCAUGUACUGUUUGUGGAUGGUCCAUGUUUAUCUAUCCGAGCAGUUUCAGCGGCAGCCGAGGCAUCCAUCCGAGUCUGACAUCCAACCAUCCGUCAGGGUGAUAAGUGGAGCCGUGUCUGUCUGACAUCCGUCACACGUCUCAGUCGUGGGUAGAGAGCCUUCUAGAAUAUCGGAUUAAUCUUUGCUAAGCUGUCGUUUGAGUGAUACCAGCAGGAGAGUAAGUGGCUCGCAGCUCCAUCGGUGGUCCAGGGGUCCCAGUUUGAGCAGCUGCUUAUAGGUGUUUGAUGGAAGGUGAAGGCAGUUUAUCGCCUCCUGGAGCGGGAAGGGGGGGGAGGAUAUAUCUAAAAGUGGUAAUCUCCUCGCCAAUGCACUCUAAACAUCCGAAGCAAAGUUCUCGCCAACCUCCAACGCCCCACCCCACCUCUUCCCAUCUCGUGUUGCCAAUCUGGUGGCCGGAUGAGAACAAAAAGAAGUUAUUGUAUCAGGCGUUGUCGGAACGAGGUGGGGGGGGGGGGGGUGACGUGAGAGAAUGUGGGUUUAUGACGAAAGAAGAACGCGUUGUCUUGUUGCCAGCGAAAGAGAACGGCUGCCCUGCGUGUGAGGGGGAUAACUCCCAAGGUGUA